AUGAAGUUCACAAUUUGCCUCGUCCUUUCAGCAUUCAGCUCACUCGUUGCUGGUCAGUGGGUCUGUUUUGUGGUUGCUGGCACAAAUGGCGCAUGCAGAGAGAGAGAUAUCUUUACAUGCGAUGCGUCAACUCCUUGUAAGAACACUGGGGAUAAGUGUGAGGUGCUUGAUAGAAUCGGCGGACUGGCGAAAUGCUCUACCUGA